GAGAAGAAGACGAAGAAGAAGAAGAAGAAGAAGAGGAAGAUGAAGAAUUAAAGCUAAGGUGUGGUCACAUGAUCUCCAACAAUCCGAAGGGAGCAAUCAGUCGCAUAUGAUCUUAUUUACCCAUAUAUACAGACAGAUCGACCAAAAAUAAUCUGUAUACCGCAUGGAAGAAUUGGGCUGGCCAGCAAACUGUUUGAUCAAUUGCAAGAAGGAUUGAGGCACGCAGCAGCAAUUUUAAUCACCUGGUUAGGAAGAAACAGCGUGCGUCUUGGGAAUCAUAAGUUGUAACAGACUAACAGGUGCCAUGAGGAAUGAGCUGGAGUUAAUUGGUGACCUUGGUGAUCAAAAACGAAAGACUGACAAGAUUAGUGAGGAACAAGCAGAAAACAUAUCGGUGGAGUCUUCCCAGAAAUGCUCAUCCUUUGAUCUGAAUGAAGAUGUUAGCGAUAAUAGCGACAAUGAUAAUAGCAAUUAUACCAGCGUUACUAACCUGGCUGAUCAUGAACCUAGUUCAGUUAGAAAUGAUGAAAGAAGAGCCCUAGCACAGGAAAACAUGAAUAAUGCAGCUAAUAUUAUUAGUAAUAGCUCUAGGGCUAAAGUAAGGCCAUAUGUACGAUCCAAAUUACCUCGUCUCCGGUGGACACCCCAACUCCAUCUUUCUUUUUUGCAUGCUCUGGAAUUACUAGGAGGGCAAGAGAGAGCAACUCCCAAGUUGGUUCUUCAGCUAAUGAAUGUGAGAGGACUGAGCAUUUCCCACGUAAAGAGUCACUUGCAGAUGUAUCGAAGUAAGAAGCUUGAUGGGGAUGGUCAAGUAGUAUCUGUCAAAACUUACGACUACAUGGAUGGAAGGGAAUCAAGGGAUCACAUACCUAACUUCGUUCCGAGAUCAAAUUCUCUGACAAAGAAAGAAGUCGUAAGAGGGAACAAUUUUAACAAAGCUUUGCAUCAUACAAGCACUCCCAUAAACCCUGGCCGAUUACAAAGCAUUAGCAAAAGCUGGAGGGGCAGAAGAUUUGCUUCCAACAUUAUCAAUUGGUCAAAUUUUCAUAAUGGCUCGUCCCGAUCUGAUAUAUUGCAUCAUAUGAUAAGCAAUACACAAGGUACAAGACCAAAAGAUUAUGAUCUACAUUGUUGGAGCCUUGAAGGUCAUAGCAAUUCCGGUAGCCAUAAACAAGAAUGCGAACCACCAUUUAGGCUUGAGUGGAACAAAGAAAAGAUUUCGAAGUACAAGGAAUGGAUGCCUCAUUUGGAGUUGGGUCUACAGAGCCAAAGAGUUGGGAAGGAGAUCAGUGACGAGACUCAUCAGCAUCAUCAGACGGUUAGUCAUGAAGAAGAACGUUAUGAAAUUGCGGAAGGAGUUAUAGAAACUUCACAACAUUGCAAAGAUCAUCAAUUCGAAGACAUGAAUAGCAAACAAGAAACUAUUAGCACCAAGCUUUCCCUUUCUCUUUAAUUUUAUUAGUCCAGU